AUGUCAUCAGUCCACCCCAGCGCCCCGGCCCCGGCCCCGGCCCCGGCCCCCGUCCCAGUGCUUCAUGCGCACGCGAGCACGGCAAAGCGCCGAAGUUGCGUGACCUGUCGCGCCCGCAAGGUGCGAUGUGACAAGUCGUCGCCUUGCUCCAACUGCCGUCGGGCCAACAUUGCCUGCGUCGUGCCCUCGACCGACAGGCCGCCGCGAUGGGCUCGUCGGCUGGAUCGCAUCACCGGCCGCUCACACGACGCCACUCAGCAGCCGGAUGCUCCGGCCGUCGGUCAAGUCAUGGAGCGGCUGCGGACUCUCGAAGGGCUCGUCCAGGAGCUCGGUGCCCAGCUCCAGCAAGCUCGUGCCCACUCUUCUGCCCCUUCUCCUGCUCCCGCCCACUCGGACCGGCCCCCCCGCGCUUCUGGCUCGCCUCCGCAGGCCACGGGCUCGGCUGCCGCGGGCCCGCAGUUGCAGAGCCAGCUCGGCAGGCUCGUCGUCGCCGAUUCCGGUCAGAGCCGUUACGUCUCCAGCAGCUUCUGGUCCCGCGUUCAUGACGAGCUCGACGGCCUCAAGAUGGACACGGAAGGUAUCGCUGGCGGCGAUUACGACAGCUCCGACGACGACGACGACGACGACGACGACGUGCCAGUCGAGACGCCCUCCACUUCUACCCGCGAGCGGGACCGCACGCCUUCCGAUCGCCACGCUUUCGUCUUUGGUCACAACCUGACCUCCCCGCCUCCGGAUUCGAGCCAGUUCCACCCGCUGCCCUCGCAGAUCCCCUUCCUGCUCCAAGUAUUCUCCGAAAACGUCAACAGUUGCGCCCGUGUAGUCCAUGUGCCCACCGUCCACCGCAUGAUCCGAGACCUCCGCAGCGGUGACCUGACCAGCCUCACUCCGGCCGAGGACUCUCUCUUGUUUGCCAUGUACUAUGCCGCCGUAGCAUCCAUGGAGGAAGAUGAUGUCGCGACCAACUUUGGCAACUCCAAGUCCGACCUCCUUCGCAAGUACCGCCUCGGUCUGGAGCAUGCGCUGGCAAGAGCAGACUUUCUCAACGCGCCCGACCUGACCCUCGUCCAGGCCUUUGCCAUCUUCCUGAUACUGAACCGACGCCAUGACAGCCCGCGUUUUGUCUGGAUGAUGACGGGGCUCGUCAUCAGGAUGGCCCAGGCCCUGGGCUUGCACCGUGACGGCCGCCACUUCCCCCACCUCACCCCCUUCCAAGUCGAGAUGCGACGAAGAGUCUGGUGGGCCGUGUGUAUGCUCGACGCGAGGGCCUCGGAAGACCAGGGAACCGAUCUUACCCUUCCCUUUGCCAGCUUCGACACUCGUAUGCCCCUCAACAUCAACGACGACGACAUCGGUCCCGACACCGAGGAAAUGCCCGAGGAGCGAGUAGGCAUGACCGACAUGACGCCCACGCUGCUGUGGUGCAAGCUAGACGACCUCGCGAGGCAGAUCAUGACGGUGAACCCAAAGGACGGCCCGCCGAGCCUGGAUGAUCAGAGCCGUCUGCUCAACGAAUAUUACGAGAGACUCGACCGAACCUACCUCCAGUAUUCCGACGCAUCGGGAAACAGUGCCUACUGGAUGAUUGUCACAGUUGUGCGGCUCGUCGUGGCCAAGAUGACACUGAUCAUCUACCUCCCGAAGCUGCUCUCCGAGCCUAGCGACAGUUUCUCGGACGAGAUACGAACGAAGCUGUUCGUCGCCGCGAUAGAAGUGGCCGAGUACAACGACGCCCUCAAUUCCGAGCGGGCCUGCCGCCAGUGGCGCUGGAUCUUCCAGACGUACACGCACUGGCACGCCAUCGUCUACCUCCUGCUCGUCAUCUCUCGGCGCUCCUGGUCGCCCACCGUCGAGAGGGCAUGGGCCGCCCUGCAUAGCGCCUGGCUGAUCCCCGACAGGUCCAACGCGGACAAGAACCUGCGUGUCUGGCUGCCGCUUCGGACCCUCAUGUUGAGAGCUCGUCGACACCGCCACGCCGAGAUCCAGCGGCUUCGGUCCGAUGCACAGGCCGUGGCACGCCUGGAAGCAGAAGAUCGACAUAUACCCCAACCGGCGAGUACCGAUCCGCUGGCGGGCGCUGGCGCUGACUCGUUCCGCGAGCGGUGGCGCAAACUCGUGACGAUGCCAUCACCGUUGGCUGAAAGCGAAACGGCGAUUACACACGAGGCCAGAACCAUCGGGGACGAUGAUAUCCUUCCGCACCGUCCGGACGUGUUGGUACCCCAAGCAAGUUCUCUGUUGGCCCAUGAACGGCCUGGAUUGUCAGCUCGGAAUGGAUCAUUGGCGCCAGAUGCCGAGACUAGAAGCCAUCCGCAACUCGAUCCUGGCAUGACAGCCGAUGCGCCGACCCAGGCUGUGUGGGAGCAACCUACCGCGACGACAAAUAUGUAUACGUCUGCCUACGGCGCAGACCCGCCGUCGGUUGGAAUGGGCUUUGGGGCUUGGCUCUGGGCGGAUAUGAAUCCGUCCUUGGAUAUUUUUGCGCCUAUGGAAUCGAAAACGGUGGACACAGACAUGGAUAUUGACGGGGACAUUGACUGGAACAGCUGGGUUGAAUCGGCUCGGGGUAUUGAAUGGUCGGCCGAGUGA